AUGGGUUGGCUUCUGUUGGAAACAGGCCAAAAAGACAACGACGUGAAAUUCUUUCAAAACUUCCGUGGCUUCUAUGAUGAUGAGCUCAAGGCAUCAAACACUUGCUUCGCGAGAAAAAAUUGGGGAUUUGGCCCAGCAGACACUUUUGCAGUUGAAGUGGCCGUUCGGAACGCUAUGCUUCAGGCGCAGAAAAAACUCAAAGAAGCUGUGCAGAAGGGAGGCCUGGUAGUGGAAUCUGACAAUGAACAUGAAGACGAGCCCUACCUUCGACCGGCAGAGUUGCCGAAAGUCGCUUUCACCUUCCUAGAUCCAAAUCUGGUUCCAGAAACGCCGGCUCAGAUGGCUCGCCGCUUAGCAUGCGAGAGCGGGGCUGCGUGGGACCAACAGCAGUACAAUAUGAUUGUUCUAUGUAUUUCGCCUCUGCAACAGGUUUGGGAUUUUGCAACGCAAGCAAAUCGCUUGGGAGAAUGGGAUCUGCCAGAAGGCCGUUUGACUUUGAUUCGAGAUUCCGGCGUAUCACCAAUGCGAAUCUUUGGCCACGGUGCUGGAGGCAGUGGAAAAACUUUUUGCCUCACACAGGUGGUUCUCCCGACCUACGAUUGGUUCAUGCCUGGGCAAUGCCGACGCCAGGCCAGCCAGAAUGCGGCUGCCCGACUCAUUGAAGGAGAGACGAUGCAUGCUCGUGCUGGUCUCACGAAGAAUGCAAAAUUCACGCUGGAGGAACCAUCCCGAAAGUUGAAAGACAAACUCAAAAAUGCAUGGGGACAGGCAGUGUUGGUGUACAACGAUGAAGUGGGAGCUGCAGCCCCUGGAUUGUAUGGCACUUUGUCUUCGCGGGCCUACUGGGGCAAGCGUGCUGCUGGUCAGGUUGAAGAUGUCGGUCCUCAGAAAGCACCUUUUGGUGACCCCCUACUACAUGUUGAUGCCGGCGACUUUGCGCAGCUCCGUCCUGUGCCCAGAGGCAGUCCAAGUCUCAUGGAAGCAUUUCUCAUGGAUCGAGAUGAAUACAAGAAGGAGCAGCGGGUUCGCCCUUUGACUGACAUGGAGCGGUUGGGAUUGAAAACCUUUGACUUGGUUGCGGCCAACUGUGUCGAAUUCCAAGGAACGUAUCGUUUCAAGCCCAAAGAUCCUUUGUUGAAACUGUUGCAAAUCAUGCGAACGGUGGGAGGUGCAAGAGUUCCAGAAUCUUUGAGGAGACAGGUGUUGAGUCGAGUACAGUUGGGGAGCGAAGAUCCAAGAAUUAAGCCCACAUAUCGUUUCCCAUCAUCUGUCCUUGGGGAAAAAGCCUCCACAAAUAAUUUCUGCAAUGGUAUGUUCAGCGCCGUGAAUUGGGAGCAGGUGGCUCGGAUGCAACAAAUUUCAGCAGCCCGCAAUGCGCGAACAAGCCUGGGCCCUGUGGCAUGGCAAAAUUCUACCACUGGGCAGCCGCAAUACCUUUGGCAAACUUUCUGCCCGUAUUUGAAUCGAACAGCCUGGGGUAUAGCAGCUGUCAUUGCAAAGUCAUUGGGUCGGCAACUGGGGCCUCCUGGACAACUCCUUUUUUUUGCUCAGCGAGUGGACAGGGCACAUGUUCAACAGCAUGCUCAUGAUCAGGACGCCCUGUUGCGCUCUGCGCUGCUCCAUGUCAACAUGACGGACACUGGCAAGUUGUUGGGUUUUUGCCCGCUGUUUGUAGGCAUGCAAGUCAAAGUGACUCACAAGUUGGCUCCGCCCCAUGUAGUCCAAGAAGCAACUGGCGAGGUACUAGCCAUCGGUUUUCACGAGCAAGAAUCAUUUGGUUUACCGAAACAAAUGCAGCGACCUGGAGCAAUGCCGCAUGAUACGCACCCCUGUUGGAAAAAAUGGUGGGUGAAGCUGGAUUUGUUGCCCCGGUGGGUUGAAAUCCGCUUUCAUGGUUGCGCCGUUGAUUUCACACAGACCGGGCGACCAGGUGUUUAUGUGGUGGAACCGACGAAUGCUGAUUGGGAGUUGCGCUACCAAGCUUCGAAAGUCAUCAAUCACCCGAACGAAAAACCGGUUCGCCGGCGAGGCCCGAGAAUUAAUGUGAGACUUCGGAGCUCUCAGCUGCCGCUGGCUCCUGCUGGUAUCGGCACCUUCAACAACAUGCAAGGAAAGACGGCAAAGGAUGAAGCUUCUGUGCCCAUGGGCCACACUGUGGACCUCAAACUGUUAGACAGCAACGACGACAAGUGGUUACACUAUUACAUGAUUCUGGGUCGCGCAACCUGCCUCGCAACAACCCUUCUACUCAAUUUCCCUGAGGGUGACGCUGGAGAACCUGACUGGACAGUUUUUGAAACUGGUCCCCCUGAAUAUUUAACACAUGUGUUUGCUGAACUGCAAAGACGGAGCAGCAGCACUGCAAAACUCGUAAUACAGCAGCUGGCUACUCUGAAGGUCUUUCCGCCCUUUGCUUCCUUGCCGUUGAAACGGCCAUGUGACACCGGAGGCCGCUAUUUGUAUCAUGCGGCAGAAUGGGAUGCCGCUGUGACCACAACCAAGAAACGGAAGCCAAGUGAAAUGCCCCGGAGUUUAUUGGAACGUUUGGAAAGGCGGGCGGAAGAGCCGCCACGCCAAAGACGAUGUGGCUAG